AUGGAUCCAUUGAAGUAUACUAUCCAGAAAGCUAUGCCGACCGGAAAAUUGGCAAAAUGGCAGAUGCUUCUAAGCGAGUUUGACAUUGUGAGUGUUACUCAAAGAACGUAUGAACCGCUCAAAACAUACUUCCGUGACGAAGAUGUAUUGAUCAUAGGAGAAAGCAUUUCUGAGUUAUACCCUGGUUGGAGAUUAUUCUUUGAUAGAACGGAUAAUUAUAAUGGAGCUGGAAUUGGAGCGGCUCUAAUAUCGGAAUCUGGUCAACUUUAUUCAGUGGCGGCUAAACUUCGAUUUCAUUGCACCAAUAAUAUGGCGGAGUACGAAGCUUGCAUUCUUGGCAUAAUAUUCGGGCUUGUUAAUCUACCAGGUUCAAGGGGAAUGAGCCAUGAAAAAUCCAAAGUUGUACCAUAUGUACAACUCGUGCAAAGUUUGUACAAAUGGUUUCGGAAGAUAGAGUUUAUGCACACUCCAAGGUUGCAAAAUGAAUUUGCUGAUUCUCUUUCCACUAUUUCCUCUAUGAUCAAGCAUCUAGAUCAGAAUUACAUUAAUCCUUUGGAGAUAGAUUUAAAUGAACAACCCGCUCAUUGCUCGCACAUCGAAGUAGAACCAGACGGAAAGCCUUGGUAA